GAGUGUGGGGGUAUAGGAAGAGGAGAGAGCGGGAGGGUAGGUAGUAGUGUGUGAGGCUGUCAGACAGCAUGGUCUGGGUCUGAGGACAGCACUGGAAGACGCAGCAGCAGCAGCAGCCUCCAGAUCUCCAUGUAGACCGGUGUGGUGACGUCCACAGAUCACCUGGACCUGUCCGCCCGUCAGCACCCGCACAGGUCAACACCGGAGAAGCAACAGGAAGGAGGAGGAGGGGGGGUGGGUCUGGGUUUUUUUCCCAGUUUUUUGGGGGUUUGUGGAGUAGGCUCCGGGCUGGACCGCAUGCAUGACACAACGCAAAGGCGAGAAACCCACCAUCAGCAUCCAGGAGCACAUGGCCAUUGACGUGUGCCCUGGCCCCAUCCAGCCCAUCAAGCAGAUCUCAGACUACUUCCCCCGUUACCCGCGGGGCCUCCCCCCAACUGCGCCCCACCAGGCGGGCCACGCCGGGCCCCUGAGCCCUGCCCUCUCCACCUCCACCUCGGCCACCGCCUCUGCCACCGCCGCCACAGAAAGUGACCGCCCCAAUGAGGAUAAACCGGACCGGGCUUGUGCCGGAGCCUCCGCCUCCUUACAGGCCACCAAGAGGGACGAGGAGCCCGACGUGGAGGGAUACGACUCGGAUGACUCCACUACAUUGGGGACCUUGGAAUUCAGUUUGCAGUAUGACCAGGAGAACAAUGCGCUGCACUGCACCAUCAACAAAGCCAAGGGGCUCAAGCCAAUGGACCACAAUGGGCUUUCUGACCCCUACGUCAAGUUGCAUCUACUGCCCGGAGCCAGCAAGGCCAAUAAACUUAGAACCAAGACCCUGCACAACACACUCAACCCUGUCUGGAGCGAGACCCUGACCUACUACGGCAUCACCGACGAGGAUAUGGUCCGCAAAACACUCAGGAUUUCAGUGUGUGAUGAGGACAAAUUCCGACACAACGAGUUCAUCGGGGAAACGAGAAUCCCGCUCAAGAAGCUGAAGCCCAACCAAAUCAAAAACUUCAACAACUGCCUGGAGAAACAAUUACCUGUCAACAAGACAGAAGACAAGUCCCUGGAGGAACGAGGACGCAUCAUGAUUUCUCUCAAGUACAACACCCAGAAAUCUUGCCUGGUGGUGGGCAUCAUACGCUGCGCUCACCUCGCCGCCAUGGACGCCAACGGCUUCUCCGACCCCUACGUCAAAACGUACCUGAAGCCCGACGAGAACAAAAAGUCAAAGCACAAGACUGCUGUGAAAAAGAAGACGCUCAAUCCAGAGUUCAACGAGGAGUUCUGUUACGACAUCAAAUAUGCAGACCUCACCAAAAAGACCUUGGAGGUGACCGUGUGGGACUACGACAUUGGGAAGUCCAACGAUUUCAUAGGUGGAGUAUCUCUGGGUAUCAAUGCAAACGGAGAGAGGCUCAAACACUGGUUUGACUGCCUUAAAAACAAGGACAAGAAAAUUGAGCGCUGGCACACGUUGACCAAUGAAUUACCUGGUUCAUUAAAUGACUGAAGACUCCCAUCCUGUCCCCUCCCCCACCACCACCACCACCACCACCACCACCACCAGAUAGGACUUCCUGCCUUCAUUUUCCUCACCCGUCUUCUUCUCUGGAUUCUCCUCGACCUGCGACACCUCUUUGGGAAUAUAUUUCCCCUCAACAGGGCUCGGUUAAAAAAUAUCCUUACGUUUGUGUUCUUAUGUACAAUAGAGGUUGCACGGCUACUCAUUUCUUUUCAACAGAAAUUCAAUGAACAAAAUGAAUCACGGGGAUUGCAGUGUCGAAUUUGUAAGCUUCGUAAUUCUAAAUUUGAUCAGUGAAGAAAAAAAAGGAGCAAAUGCUUUCUAUUCGAUGAGAUCUUUUAACAGCAGCUAAGUGAUUUACCAAUGAUUCACCGGCCCCUGAAACAGCACAAACAAAGAGUGGAGAAUCCAACAAAGGAUGUAGCAACAUUUUAUACUGUUGGGAGUAUGCAGAACUGUUUAGUGGAGUGGUUCUCAUUUCGAAGAUGUUGCACUUUAAUACGAUUGUCAAGCUGUUGGGUAGCGAAGGUCCCGUCGUCGUUCACCCCCAUGUAAGUUCUGUAAGCUCUGACCAAUGGGCCGACUACAAGCAGUUUGUUCUAGAGAUAUGGAGCAUUUAUUUUUUAGUUUGACUCAUUUGCCUGGUGACGACAAGGUCCUAACCUCAAGGUAAUUCCUCAGUAUACUUCAAACUAAUGUGAUCGUGCAACGUGCUGUCCGACAGACAACGCCCUCCAGGAAAACCAACUCAAGUUUCAGUAAAUGUCCACAUACUACAUGUUAUGUUCGGCUGCGGUUAUUACAGUAAGACGCUUGUCCAUUGAGAGCAAAGAAAGUAGUAAAGACUUUAGGGAAGUCCACAGAGGGAGAUGGUCAGGGUGGUCGGAUGGGUCAAAAGAUUAGACUUCGACCUUUUCUACCAACUAUUAACGUUAUUUAAUUCAACCAUGAUCAUUCCAUAACUGUUGUGCCUAAACCAAGCCAAACCUUAACCAUAGCGACAUCGCAUUUCUACCCAUUCUGAAUGUCCACAGUUGGAGGAAAGCAUGCAGUCAUAUCUUCCUCCUGGCUUCAUCCCACUGCCUCCGCCAAUUCAUCUCCAACAACUCUUGUCUUUUGUCUUUGUCGCCUCAAUGCAAUGAAUCAUUCAAGUGGGGAAACACUUUCAAACUGUCUCUCCUGGUGGGGUUCUACAUGGUAUUACAAUCAAAAUGUUUAAAAAAAA